AUGCGAGUUCCAUCUUCGUCGGUCCCCUCACCGAUAGUACGCAUCAGUAGAGGCACGUUCUACCGACACCAUCCUUCUGCGCAGGUGUCGCACCCUAACCCGCCGCUGUUCAAGGAUCUCAACUUUGAACUUUCCUCUACUGCCCAGCUGGCCAAUGUAGAAAAGCAACAGCACUGGUGCAUAGUCGGUCCUUCUCUCAGCGGGAAGACCACCUUUCUUGAGGUUCUGCAAGGCUCUCACCUCAGCAUACCUCCCACGGCCAGGUCGUACCCGUACCUAUCAUCAGAUGCCGUCCCCUACCACUUGAGGACGCCGCGCCAGGCGAUCCAGUAUGUAGGGUUUAAUGCAAGCAGCUUCUCUGGUCUGGGUCCCGCGACGACCACGUAUCUUGCUGCGAGGUACGAAUCUCGUCGUGAAGACACCGAUUUUUCGCUCCGGGACUACCUUCUCGGCAACACCGAGCUGAACCCUGCCGAGAAGCCGGGUCACUCUGCCGCCGAAGAAGAGAAACUUCUUGGGCGCGUUGUACACGAUUUGAAGCUUGCGCCCCUUCUCGAGCUCCCCGUCUCAUUUCUCUCCAACGGCCAGGGCCGCAGGGCACGUAUUGCAAGGGCUUUGCUGCGAACCCCUGAGGUCCUGUUGUUGGACGAGCCGUUCAUGGGCCUUGACCCUCCGACUGUGGUAGCUCUUAGUCCGUUCCUCCGUGGACUGGCCGAGCAAGCGGCUCCCAGGCUAGUCCUCAGCAUUCGACCCCAAGAUCCCUUACCAUCCUGGAUUAGUCACCUCGUGUAUCUGGGUAACAACUGUCAGGUUGCGUCUAUAGGUCCCAAGGAGGAAGUUAUGGAUCAACUGAGGUCUUAUGUUAGUCGGGUCGCUGAUUCCACGACACCCGAAGACCCUGCGCUACCCAUCUCUCCGCUGAGGGAGAUGGGGAGGACGUUGACGGAGGACGGGGUGGAGGGAACGGUUUUUGAUGCUGCGGGGCUGGAGACCAGUAUCGCCAUGCCUGAACUUCCCAGCGCGGUCGCCGAAGGGGUCGGAAGUAUUGGGGAACCUUUGGUAGAGAUGAAUGGUGUUCAGGUUGGGUACGGCGACAAGAUUGUACUCGGGAACUGGGAGAACAGUACUACAACUGGCCAACCCGGUCAAAAAGGUUUGGUUUGGACGGUUCGUCGGGGCGAACGCUGGGGUAUUUUUGGAGCAAACGGCUCGGGCAAGACAACUCUCUUCAGCCUGCUGGGCUCAGACCACCCUCAAUGUUAUUCACAGCCGGUCAAACUGUUCGGGCGAAGCCGACUUCCCGAUCCAGGGUCUGGCGAGCCGCCGUUGACUUUCUGGGAUAUACAAGAACGUAUCGGACACUCCAGCCCUGAAAUACACGGAGCUAUACCCCGGCGACUUAGUGUCCGUCGUGUCCUCGAGACGGCAUGGGCUGAGACGUUCAUCAGCACCCCCAAACUGGAUGAGAACGCUAGUGGGAAGGUAGAAGCGACUCUCAGGUGGUUCGAACGAGAGCUGAACCCCGCGGCGCACGGCAAGAACGAGCAAACAAGCCAGAGUUCAGGCUCAAGCACUCUAAGAUGGACUGACGAUUAUCUGUUUGGUGAACUUUCCUUCAGUGCCCAACGCGUACUGCUGCUCCUCAGAGCAAUCAUAAAAAGCCCGGAUAUUCUGGUGCUCGACGAGGCGUUCAGCGGCAUGGACGAGGGGGUCAGGGACAAGUGCAUGCUUUUCAUCGCGCACGGCGAGGACAAGAUUCUUGCUGUCGAGGGCGGCAGGAAGGUCGUGGUGGACAGUCAAGCUAAGCAGGAUGGCAAAGUCCGCGUUACGGGUCUCUCAGAUCGCCAGGCGUUCAUAUGCAUCAGUCAUGUCAAGGAGGAAGUGCCAGACUUUGUGAGGGAGUGGCUCUGUCUGCCAGAGGCAAGUUCGGGGUUGCCGGCACGAUUCGGGCGUCUGGAUGGGCCUUUGAGGCUGGAUGGUAAGAGAUGGGAUGAUAUAUGGGGGAUGGGACGAGGUGCUAGGUAG